AUGAGAGGUGGGUAUAAGAAGGGGGCAGUGAGUCACGCGAUGCUAUCACGCUUGAAUCGGUUGGUGGCUUGCUUAGCGAGGAGGACAGUGAGCGACAGAGGCAAAGGAGGCAAAUCGCGGGCCAAAGCGAAGACGAGGUCGGCGCGGGCUGGUCUGGAGUUCCCCGUGGGUCGUGUGCACCGCCUGUUGCGUCGUGGCAACUACGCAGGGCGCGUGGCACUGGUCUACUUGGCUUCUGUGCUCGAGUACCUGGCUGCCGAGGCGCUGGAGUUGGCGAGUAACGCGGCACGCGACAACAAGAAGACGCGUAUCAUUCCUCGACACCUGGAGUUGGCUAUCCGCAAUGACGAGGAGUUGAACAAGCUGUUGGGCGGUGUGACCAUCGCGCAGGGUGGUGUGCUGCCAAACAACCAGGCGGUGCCGCUGCCGAAGAAGACGGAGAAGCCGGUGGUGAGCAAGGAUUGUCUUUUGGCAGAAUGCGCCACUGGUGUGCGGCAUUACGCGACAGCAUUCAACACUCAUCAUCCAGAAGAAAGGCAGCCGCGUCAAAGUGUUGAAAGAAUAGUUCCCAGUGAUGUCACAGAUCUCGGUCGGAUCUGCCUUGUCGGCUGUCAUACCGCCGACGAUGGCGGCGGUACAGAGGAGAUGGGGAGUGUUCCUGGUCAGGACGUCUUGGUCGUAGAAGCGUGGACAGGUGCGUUGGCUGGUCUGUUUGAGUUCAACUCUCAGCUGGUGCCCUUGGGACGCGUGGUCCCCCUCGAUGCCGUUGCAGACACUGCUCCCGUCUCAUUGACCACUGGGCGCCCUGUCUCUUCUCCGCUACUGCAGCCUAUGCCAUUUCUGUUGCUCACAGCUCCUUCUGUGCCCCCAAAGAGUACCAUGACGUCCUGUCUUCUAUUAGUCGUUAAGCGCUUCGGAGUUCAUGCCCCAUGUCCGGUGGUGCACUCAGACAAGAAGCCGCGUCAACGCCGAGUUUUGCGUGCCUGGGGCCGCAUAGGCACGGAUAUUGGCGGCUCGAGGGCAGAGCGCUUCGUCAGCAAGAGUCCGCGUCAACAGCGUGUUUUGCGUUCCUGGGGUAGUGUAGGCACGCGAAUCGGUGGCUCGAGGGUGGGGCAAUUCGUCAGUCUCGAUCCCGCCAUACAGUGCUUCCACGAUGUCUUUCUCAAGAAGACUGCUAACACCUGGGUACCGACCUAUUUCCUCAUGAAGGCUAGUGUCUCUGACGUCAACCCUCUUGAUGAGCACUAUGAGGAACUCAAGAAUCAGAUUGAGGUCUGUACAUUGAGCUUUUUUAAUCAAGUUAAUCGUCAAUGUCUUAAUAGCGACUCUCUUCUGAUUGUACCGUCAGACCUUCAUCGGGACCUGGAGAAGUUUGAACAGGUUGCGAACUACCUGGAGGGGGAGUCGGAGAGUAUAAAGGCGCUGGACAAUCGCAUGUUGCUCUGGCGCUGUUCUCGUCCCAUAAACCGGAUAGGCAUUCUGGCACAAGGUUUGCAAAUAGCACCUUUUGAGGCGCCUUCGACAGGUGCUGCUGAAAUGAUUUCCUUGACCGAUUAG